CAGAACUGGAUACGCGCCGAGCACGAAGUACGAGGUACCUAUGUGCCUGCAACUUGUUGGGUACGGGUCCCUGUGAGGCUGGUGGUUCUCCCUAGACAACUCGAGGUCGCUUGUGACCUGUUGUCCAUCCUGCGUCCUGCAUUCGACCACUCGACAGCAAACAGAGCGUAGACGAUGCAGAUGAUGUCUUCGUUGACAAACGUCCUGCGUACCUUGCUAUAACCUAGAGCGUGCUCCCAAUCCGCCAGCACCAUCAUGAGCCCUUCACCACCGAAACUACCCGCUGUCCUGGUGAACAACAUCACCUCGCACGCAGGCCCAAUUAACGCCAUCACAUUCUCCUCUCUCGGCGGCACCUACGUCCUCACCGGCAGCUCCGACCGACAAGUCCACCUGACCCGCACCGAGCCGUCUAAGCCUGAGAACCCUUUGUCCGUACCGAUCCAGAAAUACUCCGCCCACGGCUACCCCAUUCUCGACAUCGCCUGUGCACAAGACAACCAGACCUUUGCAUCGGUGGGUGGCGAUCGCGCCGUGUUUCUCUGGGACGUCCAGGCCGCAGAUGGCACGCUGAGGAGAUUCGGGAACAAUACCACACAGGGACACAGCAGCCGGAUCACCUGCGUGGCGUUCGCUGGAGACGGGGACAGUGUACUCGCGAGCGGGAGUGAUGACACCAGCGUGAGGCUGUGGGAUGUCAAGAGCCGGGACGCACGGCCACUCAUGGUUCUCGAAGAGGCAAAAGACGGCAUCUCGAGCGUCGUGGUACCGGGCAACGGACACGAGGUCGUAGCAGGUAGCAUUGACGGCAGGGUGCGAUCCUACGAUAUCCGCACGGGCAAGGUGACGGUGGAUGUGAUGCCCGGGAGUGUGACCAGCCUGGACCUCUCGAGAGACGCAAGAACGAUGCUUGUGGGAUGCCUCGACGGGAGGAUCCGACUGAUGGAUCGAGGGGACGGGACGUGUCUGAGGGCUUUCCCUCCCGAGGACGCCAGGGAAGGGUACAAAAACGAGAGUCUCAGGUUGAGGAGCUGUCUCGGCGCAAACGACGCCUUGGUGCUGAGUGGUAGCGAGAGCGACGGCAGUGUGCGCGCUUGGGAUGUCCUCUCCGGCAAGAGCGUGGGGAGUGUCCGAGUCAGUGAAUCUGACAGGGUGGUGAGCGUCGUGAGAUGGAGGGAAGGCAGCCUAGGGCAGGCACGACAGAGUCUAUGGGCUGGUGGAGGUGCUGAUGGCGUAGUCAAGAUCUACGGCGCUGGAUGACAGGCCCAUGUAAGCACGCAGGUAUUGGUGUUUAUACUGUCUGAAAGCUUUUUUGAGUCCUUCCAAACACCCUUUCGUCUCAAGGACGUCAGGAAAAGGGGGACUAAAUACCAAGGGAGAGAAAGAGAGAUAUAAUAGAAAAGGUAGAAAUAACUUUUUCCGCCGCGUCGAAAGAUC